CAUGAAUACGGUGCAUGAGCCGCCGGGGGGUGAGCACCGCUGUCACAUUUGCAACAAGACUUCAACCAACUCCAGAGCCCUCAAGAGACAUAUUUACCACAAUCAUCUCUGCGAGCGAAAGUUCAAGUGCGGAAUGUGUGAAAAGGCUUUCAAGCGACCGCAAGAUUUACGAGAGCACACCUCCACUCACACCGGAGAGGUCCUGUACACCUGUCCCAACUGUUAAAUGACGUUCUUUUCGAAUGCCAACAUGUACAAACAUCGGCAGCGCCUGCAUCGCGCCGAAUGGGAGGCAGACCGUAAGAAGCCCCUG